ACCCGUUUUACUCUAAGCACUUGGCUUCCGGGAGGCAAAGCCCAAAACAACACUCUGAGGCUUUCAUCUCCCUCCCUCAUCCCUCUCUCCUUGAUUAAUCGAAAAUGGAAGCCAAGGUCCUGUCCUCUGGAAUCCGCCACGCCAGCCUGCCUCCUGGUUAUGUCCGCCCGGAAUCAGAGCGUCCUCGCCUCUCUCAGGUCUCUGCAUGUCAGGACGUUCCCCUCAUCGACUUGUCCUCCCCCGAUAGGUCUCAAAUUGUUCGCUUAGUCGGUCAGGCCUGCAAGUCCUUUGGCUUUUUCCAGGUGAUUAACCAUGGGGUGGAUUUGGAGGCUGUGAAGAAAAUGUCGGAGGUGGCGUACGAGUUCUUCAGGCUGCCGGUAGAGGAGAAGAUGAAGCUGUACUCGGAAGAUCCCUCCAAGACCGUCAGGCUGUCCACCAGCUUCAACGUUAACAAGGAGAAGGUCCACAAUUGGAGGGACUACCUCAGGCUCCAUUGUUAUCCUCUCCACACUUAUGUCCCUCACUGGCCUUCCAAUCCUCCCUCUUUCAAAGAAACGGUGGGAAAUUACUGCAUGGAGGUCAGAGAGUUGGGGUUCAGAAUAGAAGAGUACAUAUCAGAAAGCUUGGGCCUCCCCAAAGAUCACAUCAAGAAUGUGUUGGGGGAGCAGGGCCAGCACAUGGCCGUCAACUAUUAUCCUCCGUGUCCGGAACCAGAGCUCACCUACGGCCUGCCGGGUCAUACCGACCCUAAUGCUGUCACAAUUCUCCUCCAAGGCGUCGACGUGUCGGGGCUUCAAGUUCUCAAAGACGGAAACUGGGUCGCCAUUAACCCACAACCCGAUGCCUUCGUCAUCAACAUCGGGGAUCAAAUUCAGGCUUUGAGUAACGGGAUUUACAAGAGCGUGUGGCAUCGUGCUGUCGUUAACUCGGAGAAGCCGAGGUUGUCGGUGGCUUCAUUUCUGUGUCCUCAGGACGACGCUCUGAUCAGCCCUGCAGAACCACUCACGGAGGAUGGACACGGAGCCAUAUACAGGGGUUAUACAUAUGAAGAGUAUUAUAAGAAGUUUUGGAGCAGAGACUUGCACAAAGACAUCAGCUGUUUGGAACUUUUCAAGAACGUGUAAACUUCUAAAUUUAUAUUGGGGAUUAAGCAAGGUCAGUCUAGCCUAUAAAGCACAUGUGAGGUUACGAUACUGCUACAUUAUUUCCAGUGCUCCGUCAGGGAAUUUCAUUAAUUAGUCGAACCUUGAAAUUCCCUAAUGCCUCUUGUUUUGCAAUUCUUGAUGCAAGCGGGGCAUUCAGGAAACAAAACAAGACUUUGUAGAUUUUUAGUUUAGUGCUCUGAUUUCAUAAUCUCAGAAUUUGAUUCCUGAGAUUGUUGUAAUAUUAGUAUGAAGUAAUGUAAUGAAUAUAGCUGACUAUGUUUAGGCCAUUCAUCAGACUAUUUUAUUUAAAGACCAAGGAAAUGUUCGAUGUUCUCAAUCAUUAGGGUGUUCUGGCCAUUAUAUGUGGCAAAUAAGGACAACAUUGCAGUGUAUACUAUUGAGGAUGUGCGUGGGAGUAUUGUGGUUCAAGGAAUAAUAAUGGGCAUAUGUUGCGCGCGGGUUUUGCA